AUGGUGGCACGUCCUGAAGUCCUUUUAUUACCAUGGAACAAAGAUGUGCUCCAUUUAGAGACGUUGCCACCAUGGUUCUGGUUGCCAGGGAAACCUUAUGCACGCAAUGUUGCAGUCUUAAACGUACUCUUCGGAGAUUUUAAUUCUUACUUCGAGAACACUCCGAUGGAUCCUUCCACCUCGCGAUCUACGCCAUUGCUUGAAUACUCGGAUUUCACGACAUGUUUACAAAGAUCCUAG